AUGCAUCUGACGACGACGACGAAAAAUUUCUCGGAUGGUACCAACCUUCCACUGUUCUCACGUACUCUCAAGACAUUUGAGCUCCACACUCAUGCACCUAUACAGCAACUCAUUUACCACCUCAAUGGAAAUCCAUUCGCACAGCAGCUCCACAAUCAUCUCACCUUGACCACUGAGGCAGGUGCUCGCUGGGCAACUCUCUCUCGACCAUCCGUCAAACAUGUUAUUCUAAAAUUGCCACCUACCAUCAAGAUUCCGGUGAGGGGGGCACGAGGGAUCAAGAAUUACCUACGAGCCCUACUCCCUCCCGCCAAUCCCUACUUCCCUACUCAAACUCCAGCGCAAGCGGCCACUACCAAUUAUCAAAUUCGAGUCACCCCCAGGCCUUGCUCUCUCGCGUUACCUCUCCUGCGGCCCCCUCGAUACACAAACCAAUUGUACACCAGCUCCUCUGACGAACAAGCCUAUCCACCCGCAUACCCCUCCGCUUCUACAACCUCCUCCUCCAACAUCCGCCCUCGCCAUAAUGCACUCGAAAGGUCUCACUACGAUUGGCCCGCUUCCGCUUGGAACAAAUCCAGCUCCAUUGUAGCAGCUAGCAAACUUGGGGCUUAUCCAGCUCGUGCCGCUCGGCCAACACCCGUCGCCACCAGCUCGAAAACAGGCAUCUUCGUGCUUGUCUUCCUCACCAGAUACGUGAUCACCGGCAUCCGUGGCUGGGAAUAUGGACGCCCUGCUUACCUGCUGCUUCAGUUGUAG